GCCUGCGAUCAGCCCCAAGGAUUAUAAUUUCGUUCAAUCUUCCUCAAUAAGGCGGGCUCUCCUUUCAUAGAAAAUCGAGAGUUUAAAAUGGACGAGCAGGAGGCCAUCGACUUUCUCUCCUCGCUUCUGAACAAGUACCUGCGGGUCACCACCACUGACACGCGAAUGUUUUACGGCGUGUUCAAGUGCACAGAUCCGGACCGCAACUUGAUCCUCGCUCAUGCUCAUGAGUAUCGCCAUCCGACACCAGAGCAGGUUGCCGCACACGCCAAGAAGGUCGCGGCGGCAAAGGACGCCGGCGAGGCCGAUGCUGACGAUGACAAGAUGACGCUGGGGAUGACCUCGCGGUAUCUCGGUCUCAUCGUCGUGCCGGGGGAGCACAUUGUCAAGAUUGAGGUGGAAGAGUUUGCAAGCCAGUUGCGAGCUGCUGCCAGGAAAGGCCAAUCACUGUGGUCUGAAGGAGGUAUAUCUGGUUUGUUAUAGGCGGAUACCAACUAUUAAACCAUGCAUGCCCCCUUUGGAGGUUGCGGGCGUAUUUCAAUGGUUGGUAGGGUUUGGGAUUGUCCAGAGGCGACGCUAUUUGUGACAGAAGAGUGUCCAAGAGGAUCAACGCAGCUAUGAUACCCAGUCAAUGAAAUAAUCGAUGUCAGUGAUGACCAACGCUUCUGUUUGAGGAAGACACAAUACGCUUGACGACUAAUAAUAUAAUUACCCUAUGCAGGUAGACACUAAUGAAGAACA